AUGGAAGAAUCCCAGAAAUCUUUGGAAAAGAACGAAUCACUUUUCGAAGAUAAACAACAAAAUUCUAACUUUUGGAUUAGAUUAGGAAACAGACUCGAAGUGCCAAAGGAUGCUGAGGAUGAGUACUAUCAGAACGAUAAGCUAACAAAUCGAGAUUUAAUUCCAAUCCCGCUAGAAAGAAGAAAAUGGAGUGCUUUAACUUUUUUUUCUUAUUGGAUCGUGGAAGGAGUCUCUAUAUCUGGUUAUACUACUGUAUCUUCUUUAGUUGGAUUUGGUUUAUCUGUUCGUCAGUCCCUUGGGUGUGCUGUAGCAGCAGGUAUUAUAUAUGGUGUCAUGGCUGUUAUCAUGGGAUGGAUUGGAUCUCAUCAUCACCUAGGUUUUCUGGUUUUUUCUAGAGCUACUUUUGGAAUCAAAGGAUUUUAUUUCCCAAUAAUAAUUCGUUGCAUUACUGGCGUGAUAUGGUUUGGGGUUCAAAGCUACUAUGGUGGUCAAGCGGUACGCGUCGUGAUAGCCACAAUGAAUCCGAGUUUUGCUACUUGGAAUACAUUUGCUAAAACGUCAGGUAAUAUAUCAUCUGCUGACUUCGUAGGCUUGGUGAUUUACAUGAUACUAAUUCUUCCUUGUAUCUUGAUCCCACCAGAAAAUUUGCAUAAUUUAUUCAAAGUUACCUUCGUUAUGGUAUUUAGUUCAAUGAUGGGUAUGCUUAUAUAUGCUAUGCAUACAAAUUCUGGCCCUGGUCCAAUGCUUACUGCAAAUUCCUCUGAUUUAAAUUCAAGAGGUGCCUUGGCAUGGGCUGUGUUACAAGGAAUAUUUUCAAUAGUUGGUACUACAGGAACAGGAAUCUUGGGCCAGAGUGAUUGGACACGUUAUUCAAAAUCCAAAAAUGGACCAGUUGUGGCCCAGCUAGUUGGGGCGCCAAUAGCUGUUACAUUUGCUGGACUUAUGGGCGCAUUGAUAACUUCUGCUUCAAGCGAUUUGUUUGGUGAAGCAUAUUGGAAUCCUCUUGAUUUCUUGAGCGCACUUCAGGCGUACGAAGGUAACUCCGCCAAGGCUAGAGCGGGUGUUUUUUUUGCUGGGUGUGGUUUCAUAGGUCAACAAUUGGCUAUAAAUCUACUCUUAAAUUCAGUUUCCACUGGUAUGGACAUGUCGGGCUUAUUUCCUCGUUUCUUGAACAUUAGAAGAGCAUCUUAUAUUGUGGCCGCUAUCAGUAUAUGUUGUUGUCCUUGGUAUUUACAAUCGAGUGCAAAAGUGGUCAUUAUUUUUGGGAAUGGCUGGGGAUGCUUCUGUUCGUCUUUAACUGGAAUCGUUAUUACCAAAUACUACUUUAUUUAUAAGAGAAAAAUUGUUAUCUCUCAUUUAUACAGAAGUGAUAGUUCAUCUGUCUAUUUCUUCCAUGGAGGAAUUGACUGGAGAUCUAUUGUCUCUUGGGUCUUGGGAACAGUAUUUUUGAUGCCAGGAUUGGCAGCAGCUGCUAAUGAUAGAGAUAUGGGCUUUUGGAAUUGGAUAUUUAAGUUAUCUUAUCCAUGGGGAAUUGGUAUCUCUAGUAUAUCCUUAAUGAUUUUACAUUUUCUUUUUCCAAAAAUGGAAAAGCCGCUAAGCGAUGCAGUAGACGAUAUUUACACUGGCGAUGGAAAUUUGGUAUCUGAAUAUUUGAAGGAUGAUCAAUCUAGUACUGUGCAGACGCAAGACAUGGAUGAUGUUUCAAAGCUGAAAUGUAAAGUUCGAACUAUUACUAGGGAGGUUUAG